AUGGCCCGAGCCACUCCCUUAGCUUGGCCGCCGCUGCUGCUGUCCCUGCUGCCGCUGUUCUGGGCGCCCUCGGGAGCCGGGACCAAGACAAUCGGAGUGCUGGCCCCAGCCCAGGUGCGCGGCUUCCUGGGCGACACCACAGAGCUGCCGUGCAAACUGCAGCCGCUGGGGCACAACGUGACGGUGACGCAGGUGACCUGGACUCGGCAGAAGCUGGCGGAGGCCGCCCGCAGCGUGGCGGUCUUCCACCCCACCCAGGGCCCCAGCUUCCCGGAGCCCGGCCGGUUGGAGUUCGUGGCCGCCAGGCCAGGCGAGGAGCUGCGAGACGCAUCGCUGGCCGUGCGGGGGUUGCGCGCCGAAGAUGAAGGCAAUUACACCUGCCAGUUCGCCACGUUCCCCAACGGCGACCGAAGCGCCCGAACCUGGCUCCGGGUGCUCGCCCAGCCCCAGAACAAGGCUGAGACCCGGGAGAUCCCGCGCAGCCAGCUCAGCCUGGAGCCUGUGCCCGUGGCCCACUGCAUCUCCACGGGGGGUCGCCCGCCCGGCCGCAUCUCCUGGUCCCCGCCCCUGGACAAGAUGGCCAAUACAAGCCAGGUGCCAGGGCCCCUGCCCGGCACUGUCACCGUCAUCAGUCUCUUAACCUUAAUGCCCUCCAGCCACGUGGAUGGCAAGAAUGUCACUUGCAGAGUGGAGCACGAGAGCUUCGAGGAGCGGGUGGUACUGCCCAUGACCCUCAGCGUGCCCUACCCCCCCGAGGUCUCCAUAUCCGGCUAUGAUGGCAACUGGUACAUCGGCCGUAGUGAGGCCUCCCUGCACUGUGACGUCCGCAGCAAACCAGAGCCCACAGGUUAUAACUGGAACACGACCAUGGGACCCCUGCCACCCUCUGCUGUGGCCCAGGGCGCCUGGGUCCUGAUCCAUACCGUGGACGAGUCCAUCAACACGACUUUCAUCUGCCUUGUCACCAAUGCCCUAGGGACUGGCCAGGCAGAAGUGACCGUCCUGGUCACAGGACUUCCCAGGGAGCCAUCACAUUCGGGCUCAUCCUCUGUGAUCAUUAUCAUCCUGACUUUCACUAUCAUCCUCGUUGGUCUACUCCUGCUGGGGCUCCUGAUUUACUUCUGGAAAUCCAGAAACUCCCGUUGGAACCAGCACAGCUCGUCUGCUAACGGGGUAGGUGUGGUGAUGGAGCUGAGAAGGGUACGGGGGAAUUCUGCAUGA